UAUAUCCGGUUGUUUACUUCCGCUUAUGCAACCGUAAAAGAAACGUGGUCCAACUGUCAGAAAAUAUAUAGAAGACAAGCAUGGCCCUUGCGAGUGGUGACACGUUAGAAUCAAUCGGCAAAAUACUUAAUGACAAAUCGAGACCAUUAAAGGAUCGGUUUAGAGCUCUGUUCACUUUGAAAAACAUCGGAGGAAAAGAUGCUAUUGAUUCGAUUGCUGCCUGCUUUGACGACGGAUCUGCUUUGUUGAAACACGAGCUUGCUUACUGUUUAGGGCAGAUGCAGGAUACAUAUGCCCUGCCUACCCUCACACGUGUGUUACAGGACACACAGCAAGAAGCUAUGGUCAGACAUGAAGCAGGAGAAGCACUUGGAGCUAUAGGCAGUGGAAAAUCCAUUGAAAUUUUACAAAAAUAUGCAAAUGAUCCAGUAGUAGAGGUGGCAGAGACUUGUCAACUUGCACUUGAAAGGUUAGAAUGGUUGAACAGUGAGAAAAGUAAGGCAGAGAAGUUGUCUACCAAUCCGUAUUCAUCUGUAGAUCCAGCUCCUCCUAGUGUUUCCGAGGAUGUCAGCAGUUUAAGAGAGGUCCUUCUAGAUGAAUCAUUAUCCUUGUUCAAAAGAUACCGGGCCAUGUUUUCACUCCGAAACAACGGUAGUGAUGAGGCAGUUAUCUCCCUUGCUGAAGGUUUGAAGUGCAAAAGUGCAUUAUUUCGCCAUGAGAUAGCAUAUGUGCUUGGUCAAAUGCAGAACAAAGUGUGUGUUAAACAACUGUCAGAAAACUUAAAGGAUCUUAACGAGAGUUCCAUGGUGAGGCACGAGUGUGCAGAGGCUCUGGGUUCCAUCGCUUCAGAGGACUGUACACAGAUCCUGGUCGAUUAUUUAAAGGAUUCAGAGAGAGUGGUCAAGGAAAGUUGUAUAGUGGCACUGGACAUGAGUGAAUACGAAAAUAGUGGACAGUUUCAGUAUGCUGACUCUUUAGCAAAAGUCCAAAAUGUUGGAUCAGCUUAAAAAAUGAUCAAUAAAUAUUUUAAUAUGAUAC